AUUACAUUUCUAAUUCUAAUUCUAAUUCUAAUUCAAACAAACCAUAAUAUAUUUUUAUGGCCAUUGUUUUCCUCUUCCUAUUCUUCUUCUUUUUUUUCCCUCCAUGCCUCUCCCAACAAUCUCCAUCCAUUGCCCUCCUUCAAUUCAAGAACUCCUUGACAAAAUCAGAUGCUUUGUACAAUUGGAAUGACGACGGAUCCAACCCGUGUGACCCCCAUAACGUGUGGGUUGGCAUCAUAUGUUCAAAUGGCAUCAUCAACACCAUCAACCUCUCGGAUAUGGAUCUCGAAGGCGAACCCGACAUUGGUUGUUUGGAGGCAAUUGAUGGCCUUAGAGCCCUUAGCAUCCAAAACAAUUCGCUCGCUGGCCCUAUGCCCAAUAUCAACCGUCUUCGCUUUAUAAAAGCUUUUUACGCGGGUAGCAAUUGGUUUACCGGCGUCAUACCUUCUGAUUUCUUCCAAACCUUGGGAUCCUUGAAGAAACUGUGGUUGCAACACAAUAACUUUUCGGGACGAAUUCCGAAAUCCAUUGGAGAAUUGCCAAACCUCAAGGAACUCCAUUUAGAAUACAACGAGUUUUCAGGACCCAUUCCCGCGUUUCUGGAACCAGAUAUCUUAACCAUGCUUGAUCUCUCCAACAAUAAACUACAGGGAGAAAUACCAAAGAGCUUGAACCAGUUUGAUGCCAAAGUAUUUGAGAACAACCCCGACCUCUGUGGUUCAAAAAUCGGAAAAGAAUGCAACGAUUCUCCUACUGCAACUCGGCAAGACCAAUCAGAACCAUCAACGGACCAACCAAAAUCAUCCGUCCCAUGGAUUAUCAUGAUCGUUGUUGUUGCUCUAUUGAUCUUGAUCAUUUUGGCCAGAGCGAAUCAAAUAGAUGAAGAUAAGAGACCUUUGGGUAAAGGAGGUAUUAACGAUGAAGCUGUUGUGUAUAUCCCCCCAACCGUCACCAAGAAAGCCCCAACUUCUAGUAAUAAUAGCAGCAUUGGCAAUAGCAAUACUAGCGUCGUCGGUAGCAGUACACCAGCAGCAGCGCGUCCAAUGGGUGGGUUAGGGGACCUGGUGAUGGUAAAUGAAGAGAGGGGAGUAUUUGGGUUGCAAGACUUGAUGAAGGCUGCCGCAGAGGUGCUUGGAAAUGGAGGGCUGGGGUCUGCGUAUAAGGCAACGUUGGGGAGUGGAGUGUCUGUGGUGGUGAAAAGGGUGAGAGAGAUGAACCAGAUGACCAAAGAGGUGUUUGAUGCAGAGAUGAAGAAGCUAGCCAAACUGAAGCACCAAAACAUACUCACGCCUUUGGCGUAUCAUUUCAGGAAAGAAGAGAAACUUUUGGUUUCCGAAUAUGUCCCCAAAGGAAGUGUGCUUUAUGUGUUACAUGGCGAACGUGGGAUUUCCCAUGCGGAACUACAGUGGGAUAAGCGGCUUAAGAUCAUCAAAGGAGUUGCACGUGGAAUGGGUUUCCUUCAUAAAGAGUUUGCAUCUUAUCCAUUACCUCACGGGGACCUGAAGUCGAGCAAUGUAUUGAUUGGGUCAGACUACGAGCCACUUCUUAGUGAUUACGCUUUCUAUCCUUUGCUUAACAAUACCCCUACCGUCCAGAGUAUGUUUGCUUAUAAAUCUCCGGAAGCUAUACUGAACCAAAAAGUGAGCCCAAAAAGCGACGUGUAUUGCAUGGGCAUCAUCAUUUUAGAAAUCAUAACCGGGAAAUAUCCAUCCCAGUAUUACAACAACCAGAAGGGUGGAACGGAUGUUGUCCAAUGGGUUAAGUCGGCACUUGCGGAAAACAGAGGAAAAGAGCUGAUUGAUCCAGAGAUAACAGCAUCCUCAGAUGAGUCUGUGUCGGAAAUGGAGAAGCUUCUUCAUAUUGGAGCUGCUUGCACAGAGAGCGAGCCUGAUGAGAGGAUCGACUUGACUGAAGCAAUAAGAAGAAUAGAAGAUGUAAGCGUUUAAUAAUUCAUUGAGGGAUUGAUUGAUUGAUUGAAUAAAUUGCUCAGAAUCGAUCGAAUUGAAGAGGCCAUCCAUAAAAAGGUUGAGGUUGGGGGGUGAAGACCAGG